GCACCAUCAUCUCUCAUCUCAUUCAUCAUGCUGCUGGAGGCUGAAGCCAAUGCUGUGAUCGAGCGCUUGCGCCGGCGCCUCGAACAGACGACCUCCAUCGUUGCUGAUUUCUGCCGCGAUACCGUUGAACCCAUCGUGCUUCGCAAUGUGGCAUGCCAGGAGAAGCUCGAGGAUGCUCGCGUCGAGGCCGUUCAGCUGAAAGACCGUCAGGCGGAUGCGGUGGUCCUUCGGGAGCGUCGUCGUGAGACUGCAAGCACGCGCAAGGCCGAGUCUGAGGCUCUGCAGGGCGAAAUCCAGCAGUUGGAGGCUCGCUCAAUGCAGUGUGCACGAAGCGUUGAGCUUCAGGCAGACGUUGUGGCCAAGCUCAAGCUAGAGCUCGAAGCUGUUGAACAAGAAAUGGAACAACUGCGUUCAUCACACGAUGAGCACAUGAGCCACGUCAGCGCUGAAAUGGCGCGCUAUGCAGCCAUGACAGGCAUGGAUUUGGCUCGCAUCAAGGCACCCGAUGGUUCCAACACCAAAUGCAUGCGGUACACGCUGCAACACCUGUCCAGCUGUCCUGAGCAGACGGGUACCAUCAAACUACUCUGGCGUGGCAAUGCCUGCGAAGUGGUUGAGACCUCGCCAGCCAUCGAAGGGGCCGAAGCGGUUGUUGCUGCUUACAACGAGCACAAGCACAUGCAGCUUCUGUUCAUGGAGCUGCGACAGCUGUUUCAGGAGCAUUAUGCACCGGCCAAGGCGGAACAAAAGCGCGAACGCCGCGAUGCCGCUCGUCGUGAAGAGGAGCGACGCCACCAGCUGCUUGAAGAAUCCACUCUCAUGGCCGAUUCCGUGCUUGAGGAGAUGGACCGGCUGGCUCAAAGCCAGAUUGAUGACCCUGCUACAGAGGAGCAGGAGAACAUCGAGCCAGUCCUGGGCCAAGCGUGA